UUUCACUCCCGCUCUCUCCUCCCUCUCCAUUCAAGUUGAGCGCUGGAGCUGUCACCGGCUCCCCAGUGCUGAACGGACGCGGUUGACACAAUAUGCCACUACCUCGGGUGAGCUGAGAGGUUCGUCUGAAGGGACAUGAGCGACACCAGCGGCUCCCUGUUGCCGGCUGGGGAGACCAGAAGAGCCCAUCAUAGACACCAUCUGCCACACGAGACAGAUCCCAGCUUCAGGAGGCCUCUCUGUCACCCCAGAGAAGAGCUAGAUGGGGGCAGGAGGCGCCACUCCCCAUGUACAGACGAGAGCCCCCCAAUAACCAGGCGAGUGCCCCCACCAGAAGGGGGUCGAAGGUCCAAGCACCCCCAUUAUCACCAGCACCACCCCAGUCACCACCGGCAUUCUUCCAUUCACCCCCAACAUGCCUCCUGUAACUACCAAUGCCACAGUCCUCCUCAUGAUCACAUUCAGCACCAUCCUAAUUUCCAGAGUCACCACCCCCAUACCCCCUCUCACCAGCCACACAUAGGUCAGAUCCAGAGCCCCUCUGCCCAUCCACACAUGGCUCCCCACAGCCAUAGACAUCAAUCUCCCAGCCCCAAGCAGCAUGUGCACAGUCCUAGGCACCCUUCCCACAACUCCAAGGAGUACCCACCCAGCCCCAGGAAUUGCCCACCCAGCCCCCGGGACCAUCCACCCAGUCCCAGGCAGCUUCCGGCUCAUCCCAGGGAGCAUCCAGACAGUGGAGCUGAACAGAGGGCAAAGAGAAAGGAGUCUGUCAAGGGGUCAGAAGGAGCCUCCACCCAGACCACCAAACCAAGUGACCCUCCUCCCACCAAAAGCAGCGACAGUGACCCUGAAGCUGAGCCCCUGUUUGUGGAGCUGCACCCCAUCCUCAGCUCUGUGUUUGGCCAGGACAGAGAAUUACGUCCAGAGGAGAUAGAAGAACUCAGAGAGGCGUUUAAGGAAUUUGACAAGGAUAAGGAUGGAUACAUCAGCUGCAAGGAUCUGGGGGACUGUAUGAGGACCAUGGGGUACAUGCCAACUGAGAUGGAGUUGAUUGAGUUGUCACAGCAGAUCAACAUGAACCUUGGUGGCCAUGUAGAUUUUGAUGAUUUUGUAGAGUUGAUGGGUCCUAAACUUCUCGCCGAAACAGCAGAUAUGAUUGGAGUGAAGGAGCUUCGAGAUGCAUUCAAAGAGUUUGACACUAAUGGUGAUGGAGAGAUCAGUACAAGUGAAUUGCGUGAAGCCAUGAAAAAACUGCUUGGACAACAAAUUGGUCACAGGGACAUUGAGGAUAUAAUACGUGAUGUUGAUCUCAAUGGUGAUGGUCAGGUCGACUUUGAAGAGUUUGUCCGGAUGAUGUCUCGUUGAAACAUUGGAGGAUCCAUGUUUGUUUCACCCAAAUUAUUUACCUGUCCUGGGGAAGCAACGACUGCAUCACUACACUACCAUCCCUGCCCUUGUACUGGGCAGUGCCCGUGUAACCCAAGGUGUCACUAACUGGAGGGGCUGUGCCCAUGUUAUUUCCCGGUUGUCAUGUUGAUCUGAUCCAGCACCAGUCAUUCUGCCUGUUCAUCUUCUGUGAUUGUUAUGGUAUCAUUCCACAAACACAGUUCUAGCCCCCCCUGCAUGGAGCCCAAAAAGAGGGCCACUUUUAAUGUUCUCUCUGUGACUCUGGUGGCAAGAAGGACCCUUCAGGAUAAUCAAAAGAAAAAGCUGUGUAUGCAUGAGUCAGACCCAUGUGUGUGACAUUACAGAGGAGUCGUGCAAUAAUAGAAUAGAAUCUGCUUCCUGAAUUUCAAUAAAUAGUCAGUAUUACUCACA